AUGGCGGCAGGGCGACAAAGUGUUUUGGGGAGGAGGGAGUCUUACAAACAUGAUUCCGUCAAGGAAUUUGAGGAUUAUAAGUUUGAUUCUUCUGCUAAAGAUGAUAGAGAAGAAGGUGAGAUCCUUGUUGAUGGUGAUGAGGCUUUGCCACCGCCAGAGAAGAGAAGGAAAUUCUCUCCUAUCGUUUGGGAUCCGGCAGAGAAGCAAGCAAAAAUCUCUUCCAAAGAUGGGGUCACACGUGUUGCUGAGUCUCUAGCUAGAUCACCUGUUGAUGAACAUAGUCCUGAAGGCAAAGGUGUUUUGAGUGAGUCCUCUUGUGUUGUUGAUGAAAGUGAUAUGCAGGGGUGGAACAUUACGAAGUCUAAGUGGGCUUCCCAUGAUCUUUCGCCUAUGGGUGACGAUGAUAAAUACAAGCAAGGCAAAAGAAGUUCAAGUUUAGAAGUUGGUGGUUCUUCAAGUAGCACAAUCACUAGAUCUGAUUUUGAUGAUGAGCUAAGGAUAAGAGGACUGGAGAAAUUGUAG